GUGGGCUGAGCGCUGAAAUCCCACCCUGAGGAGAGCAGAACGAUAGCGCUGGUGAGUUGUAAGGACACCGUGGACGCGCUGGACUUCUCUCUGUUUUUUCCUGCAUUACCAACUGAACAAAGAAGAGGAAGAUGAGGAUGAGCGUAAAACACCUCUUGUAUGCGUCUCAAGACAGAAUCAAGUAACCCAGAUGAGUUGCCUCAAACUAUUUAGAAAUAGCUCAUAUUCAUAGGGCGCCUGUUCCAAAAUUUCUCCCCUGUAAUCAUUUCCACCUCUAAGUUUUCUCGCAGUUCAGCAGCUGACCUGUCUCACUUUGGAAUCUGUACAAUUCUUACCAGGCACCGAGCGCAGACCAACAGGGGAGGAAGACUCCGAUGGAAAACCAUGCAGCACUUUGAACCCAUGGAGACAUGGCACAUAGGCUCCUCUCCUCUGCGAACAGAGUCAGCGCCAGAUUCGCCUUCAUAUUCACCUUGUCAUUGUCUUGCAUGUACUUAGUUUAUAAUAUCAUUUUCUAUCGCGGCACAAUCAUGACAAGCCAUGGUUACGAGGGAAAACGAUGUCCGCCGAGCAAGAACGCAGGAGGGAAGAAACUUCUUGGAAAAUUGGGCCAUUGCGCUUCGCUGGAAGUCAAGUCCGCUGUGGAUGCGUCUGCUGCCCAGCGAGAUCCAGGUGAUUUCCGAGACCAAAGUAAACCUCCGGCCUCGUCUGGUGGUCACUGGUCUGAUAUGAAUUUGAGGAACAUGAGCGUGGCACAAAAAUAUGGGAACAAGAAGCUGCCUAAUGCGUUAAUAGUCGGUGUAAAGAAAGGGGGAACCAGGGCGGUGCUGGAGUUCAUCCGGAUACAUCCAGAUGUGCGCGCACUCGGGACAGAGCCACACUUUUUCGACAGAAACUAUGACAGAGGGCUGGACUGGUACAGGGGAUUAAUGCCACGAACACUAGACAGCCAGAUCACAUUAGAGAAGACUCCCAGCUACUUUGUCACCAGAGAGGCACCACGACGCAUUGCCAGCAUGUCCCAUGAGACCAAGCUGAUUGUUGUGGUACGAAACCCUGUCACAAGAGCCAUCUCCGACUACACACAGACUCUUUCCAAAAAGCCUGACAUCCCUACGUUUGAAGAACUAGCCUUUAAGAAUAGAAGCCAAGGUCUUGUAGACACAUCUUGGAAUGCCAUUCGGAUUGGGAUGUAUAUUCUGCACCUGGAGAACUGGCUGCAGUACUUUCGCCUCUCACAGAUGCACUUUGUGAGCGGUGAGCGGCUGAUAACGGAUCCAGCAGGGGAAAUGGGCCGUGUACAAGAUUUUUUGGGUCUCAAGCGAAUAAUCACGGACAAACACUUCUACUUCAAUCGAACCAAAGGUUUCCCCUGUCUGAAGAAGCCAGAGAGCAGCAGCCAGCCACGGUGUCUUGGCAAAUCAAAGGGCAGGACUCAUGUACAGAUCGACGAGGAGGUCAUAGAGCAGCUGCAGGAGUUUUAUAGGCCAUUUAAUAUCAAAUUCUAUGAAACUGUGGGACAUGACUUUAAAUGGGAUUGAAUGUACCAUAAGGAGAGAGUGGUGUUUUUAAAAUGGCUACCUCUGGAAACAC